CCCUCCGUCCUUCCCUCACCGCCCUGGACCUCUCUCUCAAGGCGAGAUCUCCGUUGCCUCCGCUGCCGCUGGGACUGAGAUGUUCUCCUCUUUCACGCAGGAGACACCGCCUGUAGCUCUGAUUCAUCUGAAUUUGAUCUAAUCUAGUGUACCGCUAAGUUUAAACCACUCCAAGGGCUUGCGCCGUUCAAACUGAGCCCCGAUGGCGCAGUGGAAAAUACUUUUAUUUUUUCUUCCCGCAGUUCUGCAUGGACAAGAGGUGAAUCCUCCCUCUUUGGAAGAGUGCUGUCAGGACGGGAGGGCUCGGGGCCUAGGAGGAGAAGAUUGCUCAAUCCGCCCAUUCGCAGCCUCCUACAUCUGCAGCAUCGCCCACGAGCAGUGCUGUCGAUCGGCAGAGAGAGACAGACUCUGCGACAACGGCGUCAGGAUGUCUCGCGAGCAAGGGGCCUGCGAGAGGCCCUUCUUCCAGGGAGAGCCCUGGGAAACCCUAAUCUCAAAGAUGUGCUGCGACUGCUGCUCCCUCGGCCUGGUGGCGGCAAGCCGGGGCACGAGCUGCGAUCUUCAGGGUUUUCUGCUGGGGAGGGACUGUGCACACGUUGCUAAAACCUGCUGUGGCAAAAACACAACAGGGGCAACAACGGAAGGACCGCAGGAAGUCAAACCAAAUGCUGGAGCGGGAGAAAGGCCUGAAGUAGUUACUACCCAUCCUCCAGAGGAAACAAACGCCUGCAAAGACUCCAGCUGCUCCCAGUUGUGUGUGGGUAACGGUACGUGCGCCUGCCAUGACGGCUUUCAGCUGCAAAAGGAUGGAGUUCAGUGUCAGGAUGUCAAUGAGUGUCUGAUCGGCAGUCACAACUGCGUCUUUGGGCAAGUGUGCAUUAACACCGAAGGCUCCUUUCGCUGUCACAGAGAAACUGGCUGUGGCACCGGAUACGAACUCACUGCAAAUAACAACUGUCAAGACAUUGACGAGUGUGCUUUGGGGAUCCAUAACUGCGGACCGGACUUUGCUUGCACCAACACGCCGGGCUCGUUCCGCUGUAGCCCAAAGUCAACUUGCUCAGCCGGCUACAUCCAGGACGCCUUCGGCAGCUGUAUAGAUGUUAAUGAGUGUGUGGUCCAUCCCAAUCCAUGUUUGCCUGGCCAGACCUGCAUCAACACUGUGGGCUCCUACACCUGCCGCAGUAACACCAUCACCUGCGGACGAGGCUAUCAUCUAACGGAGGAUGGUUUACGCUGUGAAGAUGUGGACGAGUGUCGCACAGGCAACGUGUGUGGCAGCCACGGCUGCGUCAACCUGGUGGGGUCGUACCGCUGCGAGUGCCACAACGGCUACAUGUUCAACAGCAUCACCAAGCUGUGUGACGAUAUCAACGAGUGCCGGCAUUACCCUGGGCGACUUUGCGCUCACAAGUGCGACAACACAGAAGGGUCGUACCAGUGCAGCUGCACGAGGGGCUUCAAGCUCGCCUAUGAUGGCAGACACUGCGAAGACAUCAACGAGUGUGAGGCCAGGCCUUGUAGCCAGGAGUGCUCCAACGUCUACGGCUCCUACCAGUGCUACUGUCGCCGCGGUUACCAGCUGAGUGACAUUGAUGGGAUAACGUGCGACGACAUUGAUGAGUGCGCCCUACCCACUGGAGGUCAUGUGUGUUCCUACCUGUGUUUCAACACUCCGGGAAGUUUCGGCUGCACCUGCCCCCCCACGGGCUACACACUCGGCCCUGAUGGCCGCACAUGUCAAGAUAUUGAUGAAUGUGCCGCAGGAAUCCACACCUGCUCCGUGUCUCAGAGCUGCUUCAACAUCCAGGGAGGAUUCCGCUGUCUGUCCUUUGAAUGUCCUACAAACUUCCGCCAAACGGCGCCAGGCCGUUGCGAACGCGUAACUUGCGAGUUCACGCGGGAUCCUGCGUCGUGUUUCUCGCUGCCGUUGAGAAUCUCCUUCUACAACAUCAGCUUGCCCGCCAACACCCCGGUGCCGACCGACGUUUUCCGGAUGGGUCCCUCCAAUUCUGUUCCCGGAGACGAAAUGCUGCUCAGUAUAGUCUCCGGAGAUGAAGAAGGCUACUUCGCCGUUCAGCAGCAGGCUCACGGCGGGGUGAUCUCACUGCGCCGUGCCCUAUCCAUGCCCCGGGACUUCAAUUUGACGGUGGAGAUGAGGCUGAUUCGCUACGGGACGUCACACCUGUACAUGGCCAAGAUUGCGGUGUUCGUCACGCACGAGCAAAUCAUCCGGCCCUCGAGAACGUUUCCAAAUUAGAAGUAUGUCAGGUCGAAAAGGAGUAGUUUGGCUAUCUGAGGUCUGUCCCUGUUUUGUUCUCACCACAUAUGAAUUAUGAAGAGUCAGGAUGCAUGUGGUAUCUUUACUCUUCAAUAGGGUGCUAUAGUUUUCUGGAUUCUGGAGUGCACUGUGAAUUGACUAAGACGGCACAACUGACCCUUUGUCAUCCUUCCGAUUGGUCUGCAGACGGCCAUCCAGAGGACUUCUAACAUAAAACAGAUCAGCUGAAGCCCAGUAAUUAAACUCGGGAACAGUUGGAUCAUUAUUAACUAAUCUUUUCAUGGAAUAGUUGGACACUUGUUCACUUGUUUUUCGCUGUGGGCUAGACAAGCGUAAUCAAGACCAGUUUUAUGUCUGUAGACUAAAUAAAGUCAUGAAAGUGGGGAAACCGCUAGCAUGGCUCGGUCUAGCAAAGUGUCUGGUCAAACAAUUACCGGGUACACAACCCCUCUACUUAAACUCACCGCUAAUUUGUUUUGUGUGUUUUAGGUUUAUUACAUAACCAGGUCAACUAAAGUACGGUGCUAGGCUUUCAGACAGCGCUACCUGUUUCCAGUUUAAGCUAACAAGCUACUGGUUAGGCUAACUUGCGCUAGAUGGUAAAAGAAAAAAUGCAACCUUUAACAUUAAGUUAAAUCAUUAUUUUUGUAGCAUAAAAUUAGUAACCACGGUCUUUAAACUAAAAAGAAGUAAUAAUAUUUCAUUUUUGGAUGCUAUUCCCUUUUCUGUUCUUUGAGAGGUACAAAAAUCAAUAAGAUAAGAAAAUGAAUCAGCUUUAUUGCCUUUUUCUCCUGAGAACAUCAGGAGACAUCAUGCACCACUAGAUGGGGCUUGUUAGUUGCAGAGGAUCGCCUCGACGGGGUGUCAGUUUUGCACUGCGAGUAUUGAUGGCAGCUCACUCUACCUCAUAUCUGUGCGGCAGCUUCCCUUUGAGUGUACUUUCUAUGUGUAUGAAUUAAAAAGUGACAGAUAAAUAAUGUCUUUUUUUUGCUGUGUAAUAUCCACACACACACACACACACACGCGCGCACAGGCAACGGUUUCUGCCACCACUCUGCUGCUUCCUGUGCUGCGGCCACUUCUAAUGCUGAAACCAAUUUUUCCUAUGAUCUCUUCCAAGCGGUCUCACCAAAGGAUCAAACGGCCUCGGCGGACAGAAAAGAAAAACAAGCGUGGCACUUAUUUAUGGGCACCUGGGGCCAGGCCAAGAAGCGGGCGUUCAAUUAGUGGUGGGGCAGCGUCUUACCUCGUAUGAUGGAUGGUGCUUUUAGUGUUGGUGUUGGGUGGCUAUCAGUUAAUUUGCUGUAAAUGAUACUGAAAGGCUAGUAGCAGACAAAUUUUCCACUGUUCCACUUUCCUCUUGGUGGUUUUUGGGGUUUGAUGCAUAUGGAGCUGAUUGAAAGAUAUGAGGUAUAUGUCAGCGUAACGCUCCCUGAUCUUUAGAUUAUGUAACCACCUAAUUAUUUUACACACGAUAAAAAUAGUGGACCACUGCUUUCUUCAUUCUUUAAAAAAAAAAAAAAACAUCUCCAAAUUGAAUUUGCCUUUGGAUCGCAUCAGACGGGCCCUCAUUAUUCAUGACCAUACUCUGUUUUGGUCUUCUGGUUUUCAACUAGCCUUUUUCCUCGGUGGCACUGGGCUGGUGCGGAAUACCACACAAUCAUCUCCGCGGCUUGGCCCUCGUGCUCAGCGAACGACUUGGACUCACCUGCUCGCUGCUAAUUACAUGGCUGGGCUCCCUCUGCAGCCUUUGAGGUCAUGUUUGAAAGCGCCACUGUCUUCACGUCGGGGAACCCUCGCAAACAUUAUUCCAGGGUUUGGGAUCAGGGUUUGGCUCACUUUUCGACUCGGUUAACCAUUGCAUGGUCUAUGGGACUAUUCAGGUGUUGCCAGGUUCGUCUCGCUCGAGUCGACAGUGGCGCGCUGGUCAAAGUGUUUUCCGAUAAAUUUUGUUGUGUACCGUACAGUAUGGAGUGACACUGUUUGUAUUCUUUUCUUUCCGUGGCACACGCCAUUUGUUCCCCGCUU